AACGAAACUGCAUAUAAAACACGUAGGUGCGUAUUGACUAUAGCUAAUAGCUUAUUUGGGCGCUAUUUGGCUAAAGAUUGUGUAGUGAUCACCUAAAUUACAAAGUCGGUGUAGUGUUAGGCAGACCCUGAAGAUGGCUGCACUUCCUCGUGUUUUCAUGGAUAUUGAGGCUGACGGUGUGCCACUUGGGCGAAUCGUUAUGGAACUUCGCUCAGAUAUCGUUCCGAAGACUGCUGAAAACUUCCGGGCACUUUGCACCGGCGAGAAAGGUAAAGGAUACAAGGGAUCAACGUUUCACCGCAUCAUUCCGAAAUUUAUGUGCCUCGGUGGAGACUUCACUAAAGGUAACGGAACAGGAGGAUCAUCGAUAUAUGGUGCACCUUUCGAGGACGAGAAUUUCAUCUUAAAGCACACAGGCUUCGGUACCCUUUCAAUGGCUAAUUCUGGUCCAAAUACGAACAAAUCUCAGUUUUUUUUGUGCACUGCAAAAACCGCAUGGUUAGAUGACAAACACGUUGUGUUUGGCUCGGUUAUUGAGGGCAUGGACGUCCUGAGAGAAAUGGAAGCCCUGGGUUCAAACAGUGGCAGAACCAAAAAAAAGGUUGUCAUUGCCAAUUGUGGGCAACAGUGAUGCAUCUGACACAUUCAAAAUGCUCAGCUUUCGGCUAUCGUGUGUAACAUUGCUAGCAAUACGUACACUACCGAACUUCCGGCCUCUCAACAUUUACGGAAACCAGGACAUCGUCGCGUAAUGCUUUGUACGUUCGUCGAAUUUUUUUGCCGAAGGUCAGUGAAAGCAAGGGCGGCCGGGUAAAGACGUCAAGAUUUCCUUUAUUUAUUUUAAUCUUUGCUGGCAUUAUGGUUUGCGGACGGUUGAACGUAAUUGUACUAGCCGGAUGGAUAUAUUUCAAAAACAACUAACUACAGCGUUAAUUCAUGUGAGACGAGGUGUAAGGUCACUGUUGUUAAUCAGGCAACAUUAAAUAAAUGUUCACAAUAUUAGAUGUUUUUCAUUUGCGACUAAAGUUUCGGAUCUGUUCUACGAAAAACUGGAAAUAUAGAUUACUACUAGAAAAUGAGUGAGUGGAUUUAAAAAACGUCGCCUUCAAUACAGUUUUCCGAAAGUGUUCUCGGAAAUAAUUUAUUCUCACCUCAAAUAAUUUAUUCUCACCUCCUGCAUGCACUGUUUAUAGAAUAUAUGUCCAAGCUAUAUGCAGUGAAGAUGUGGCAUUUAUGUAACUCUUAGCCGUUGGCAAAGCAACGACCAAUCCAAUGCCAUACGAAUCCCUUUAAGUCGUGCUCAUAAAUUAGUCUCCGAUUUUCCCUCCUCGGUGGAUAUUUUUUUCGUCUGUUUGCGUCUCAAUACCCAGUUCUGUCGUUCAAGCACAAGAUUGGAGUCGACGAUUCUUCGAUGGCGGUCACGGUAGCGACUCGAACGCUGCUUGAACCUUGCCCUCCCCAUUUUGCUGCCCGCUGCCUAAAGUACUUUUGCCGGUGGGCUUCCUGUUUGUGUCGCGCCGAUCACCUCAUUCUAUUCUUUUGCAGUAAAUGCAGUAAACCAUCGCUUUCUGUCCUGCCUUCCUGGCACCGUUUAUGCCAAACUUAACGAAAAACUCCAGCAUCCCCCCGAAGUCUACAAUAGACAAAAGCAAGUUAAAGGCAUGGCAUGAGAGAGGCGGCGAAGAUCACAGCAUUGCUUUCAUCGCAAUCCAUUUUGUCCGUACUGCUUUUCGCCAUCAAGGAAGAAGCGUUUCCUCUCGUGAGCCAGAGACCUAGGUUUACGUGUCGUAUACCUACCGCGUUGGUUUUUGGGUACUCUAUCUUUCGAAUUGUUCAACUUACCCAUUUCUAUGCCCUCAUUUCCCAAACCUGAAAUUUGUAAUUCUUUUCUCAUAGACGACGCUACAUACUCCAGCCAACCAGCCGUAAAACAGCGCCAGAAGUUGUAGAAUACGCCGCUAAGGAAAAAUUUACAUGUAACUUGCCAUCGUUCUUAGCGUCUUAUGACAGGAGCGGUCAUAUUAGCAACUGCUAUUGCAUCGAAAACUCCUUCGGCAUACAGAUAUCCACACGAAAACCAAAGGUAUGACUAGCUGACAGAUGAAACGGGGGUGUACACAUAAAAAUCGGUGUACGGAAUCAAGCCAAAUAUGCUUGUCACAAUGCAGUUGUUAUUGAUCGUCAGCUGGGAGCAAGUGUCUCUCCGCAAACGCUUAGUUGAUGGAGGCGGUGAUGUAUCUUCAGCACUACGGAUUGCGCCACCGCUGCCUCUACU